AUGUUGAAAGACGCGCUCCAGGGCGGCGGCGGCAACUGGCUGAAGAUGCAGCAGCUGAUCAACGAGCUGAACGACAUCUACGGACUAAGCCCCAAAGCUGACUUCUUCUGCGUCUUUGGCCAAAUUGCUGCGGACUUGAUCGGGCAAAACCGACUUGGAAACAAUCUUCAAGCCAGAAACACCGUCAAAUUCAACAGCCAGCAACUCGAAGCGGAUUACAUUCGAUUUCUUCUCAGUCACCAAGAUACCUUUGCAAUGAUGACAAGACGACCCAACAAACCUGCUUCUCGAAAUAACCGAAUGAGUUUCUACCGCGCUAGAAUGCUCGCUUGA